AUGGCCGGCUUCCAGCAUCGUCGUACAACGGCCUACCACCCGGCCUGUAAUCGCCUCGUGGAGCGCUUUCAUAGACAGUUGAAAGCUGCCAUUACCUGUCACGCAACUAGCAACUGGGUAGACACACUACCCUUGGUUCUACUCGGUAUACGUAGUGCGUACAAGGAGGAUCUCAACGCUUCGACUGCUGAGCUCGUAUACGGAGAGCCGCUGAGGUUGCCGGGAGAGCUAUUACUCGCCAAGCCGCCCGAUGACACCAUUGAUGUGACUGAUUAUGUAGCACGCCUGCGUAAGUUUGCCCAUGAUCUCACUCCAGUGCCAGCGUCGCGCCAUACAAGCAAUAGACGAGUGUUUAUAUAUAAGGACCUCAAAACUGCCAGUCACGUGCUGCUCAGAGAUGAUGCGUGUCAUCCACCGCUGCAGCCAGCGUACACUGGUCCGUACGAAGUGCUCGAAAAAAGUGAUAAAGUGUUUAAGUUGCGUGUGAACGGCAAAAGUGUAACAGUGUCCAUAGAUCGCAUUAAACCUGCUUACAUACUGGCCGACGAGCCGAUUGUACCUGUUACUGUCCCACCCGUUCAACCUUCUCCAGAGACUGAAAACACGGUAAAAAAGACAAGCUGUAAGCGCUGCGCGCCGUAUGGACGGUCUAACGAUCGGCCCUCGGCUGCAGCGCUGCAAGCCAUGUAUUGCACUCGCCGCCCGCAGGCGCAUUGA